GCACUCAAUCGCCAUGGCUCCCCAACAAGACGAUGCCGUCGAGGGCAGCCUCGAGGCCAGGUACUUUUGCGUCGGCUCUGUCGAAGACUUUGCCAUCCCCGAAGGCAAGACCGCUUCGUGCACGCCUGUUCCUCUCGCCGACGAUCCGAAGCGCCGAGUCAAUCUUAUCCACAAGAUCGACACAACCGCCAAAGAUGGGCCCAAGACCAAGUUUCACGCAGUUCUGAACAUCUGCCCUCAUCAGGGCGCUCCCCUCCACAAAGGCGUCGUCACAGACAUUGAAGACAUGGGGAUCAUCUGGGGAACCGCAAUUACCUGCCACCUGCACGGAUGGACAUAUGAUGUCACGACAGGAACCUGCGAGAACUCUCGAACCAUCCUUGACUGCUUCGAUGUCAAAGUGGUCGAUGCCCGGGUGUGGGUGUCAAGACAGCCCAGCAACCUGGAUGUCAAGGGCCCGCGGCGAGACUUUGGCGGCAACGAGCUCGAUGCAUGAUAUAUAUGACUCGGACUCGCGGGGCCUCGGCAGCAGUGUCAGCAUAUCCCGGAAACCAUGUCAGCCGGCUUGACAGCAUCAAAUACACAUCGUCUUCGGAUAGAGGCAGGGCAAGUUAUGUCUGCCCAUAUAGCCCCAUCGUGGCGGCGUGCCCUGUAUCCCUGUGUCUGGGUUGGUAAAUGCGCAUUUGAUCACUCGGCGAAGGUUCAAUUGCCGUUUGCAUUGCCCCCAGAGAAGCAAGGGCCAGCAUGGAUCCGCCGGUCUGUCCGGCCAACGAGUGCGACACCCUAUAUGUGUGCUCUCGAUGCAGUGGAUGCAGUGGAUGCAGUGGAUGCAGUGGAUGCAGUGGAUGCAGUGGAUGCAGUGGAUGCAGUGGAUGC